GACUUCCGGCUUAGCCUUAUGUAGGCUUCCGUGACCACGAAAAAACUAGAAUAGAAUAAUGAGCUUCAUUUGAAGGCAUCGCCGUAAGACUCUUUCACUAUUCAGAUCCUAUGGAUUUGGUAUAAGUUCAAGGUAUGGUCCUUCAUUUCGGUGGCAAACUUCAAGUUUCAUCCAGGCCGCCCAAGGCUAUACCUAGGCUAAGCCUACUAUGUGUAUUCCGAAGGCGUUUUCAUGCCGCUCUCUCACUCCAAGUAUUCUUCGGGGGUGUAUAUAAGGCUCACAUCCUUAAGCUUGUGGGUAUCCUCAACUUCCUUUGGAGAAAGCACCACACGAAUUUCCUUGAAAUAUGUUGCACACCAUGUCUUGCACUGUUCUUGCACUUCUUGUUCUUACGUGCACCUCUGUUGCUCAAAAGGCACUGUUUGCGUAUCCUCAGGAUGGAGACACAUUGGUGGCCGGAUCCAACAUCAGUAUCAGAGUUGACCGUCCUACGCCAUCCGGUCCUGUUGUAGAGGCUGGCAUUGGUUUGGGAAUGAGCCCUUGCAAUGAAUCUUGCCCUUCACCCGAAACCUCCUUCGAGUAUCUGUUCUAUGCAGGCGCAUUCAAUCCUCAGCGACCUGCACAAGUAAGCCUCGGAGAAGAUUUCAGCGCAUUCCAAAACUUCACAGUCACAGUGCCUUCUAUCGAUGGACCUGCUAUCUUAGGCUUCUUGCAUUCAAGCUUCGGCGAAGGGGCUGCUGCCUUUUACCCUUAUUUCGAAUCUGUGAACAUCACGGUGAACGUUGUACCAUCGUCACAAUAAGAGUUUGAAGGAGUUUCUGAUUUAUGAGAGUAUGAUAUACAAUAUUCAGAAGGACCUUAGCGAAUAGCACUUACACUAUUUCAUCCGUAAAUCUAAUUGCAAGAA